AUGGGAACCGAAAUAGAAAAUCUGUGGGUCUUUGCUAUUGCAUCAAAAUGCAAUAUUUUCAUGCAAGAACAUUUUGUUUCUCUUCUCAUCGCCAUAGCCAUCACUUGGUUUACAUUAACCAUCCUAUUUUGGUCUACACCUGGUGGACCGGCUUGGGGAAGAUACUUUUUCACUCGCCGAUUUACUCCCGGCUAUAAGAAUCUCAUUCCCGGUCCGAGAGGGUUUCCACUCGUGGGAAGCAUGAGCCUAAGGUCAAGCCGCGUUGCUCAUCAGCGCAUAGCGGCAGUGGCUGCGACCAGAAACGCCAAGCGGCUCAUGGCGUUUAGCCUCGGUGAUACUAAGGUGGUGGUAACGUGUCAUCCUGACGUGGCAAAGGAAAUAUUGAACAGUUCGGUGUUUGCAGACCGACCUGUUGACGAAACCGCAUAUGGUUUGAUGUUUAACAGAGCCAUGGGAUUUGCUCCAAAUGGUGCUUACUGGCGUACGCUACGUCGGUUAGGUUCGAACCAUCUUUUUAACCCAAAGCAAAUCAAACGCUCGGAGGAGCAGAGACGAGUGAUCGCGACUCAGAUGGUGAACGUAUUUGCACGUAACGCUGAAACCGCGUUUGGAGUACGUGAAUUGCUCAAAACGGCCUCAUUGUCUAACAUGAUGGGUUUAGUAUUCGGGAAACAAUAUGAACUGGAGUCUAAUAACAACGUUGAGGCGGAAUGCUUGAAGGGUUUGGUUGAAGAAGGGUACGAUCUUCUCGGUACACUGAACUGGACCGACCAUCUUCCUUGGUUAGCCGGUCUAGAUUUCCAACAAGUCCGGUUCAGAUGUUCUCAGCUUGUACCGAAAGUAAAUCAGUUAUUGACCCGAAUCAUUCAUGAACACCGUGAUACUACGUGCAAUUUUCUGGACGUGUUACAUUCACUUAAUGGUUCCGAAAAAUUAUCAGAAUCCGAUAUGGUCGCUGUUCUUUGGGAAAUGAUAUUUAGGGGGACGGACACAGUGGCUGUUUUGAUCGAGUGGGUGCUAGCGAGGAUUGUGAUGCAUCCUAAAGUUCAGUCAACGGUCCACGACGAGCUUGACCGAGUCGUAGGCAGAUCCAGAGCCGUUGAUGAGUCUGACCUCCCAUCUCUCACGUAUCUAACGGCUAUGAUCAAAGAAGUGUUGAGGAUGCAUCCACCAGGCCCACUUCUCUCUUGGGCUCGUCUUUCGAUAACAGACACCAACGUAGACGGAUAUCACGUCCCGGCUGGUACCACCGCGAUGGUCAACAUGUGGGCUAUAGCACGUGACCCGCACGUGUGGGAGAAUCCUUUGGAGUUUAAGCCCGAGAGGUUUGUGGCUAAAGAGGGUGAAGCUGAGUUCUCUGUUCUCGGGUCGGAUCUGAGGUUGGCACCGUUCGGGUCGGGUAAGAGAGUUUGUCCGGGAAAGAAUUUGGGGCUUGCAACGGUUUCGUUUUGGGUUGCGACGCUCUUGCAUGAGUUUAAGUGGCUUCCUAGUGUCAACGCUAACCCUCCGGAUCUGUCCGAGGUUUUGAGGCUGUCGUGCGAGAUGGCUUGUCCCCUCACCGUUAACGUAAGCCCGAGGCGUAAGAUAGCAUAAGCUUCGGGUUGGCCAAUGCACGAAUUCUUCAAAAAUUAUUGGCAAAAUAAAUAAAAAAUCACGUAUUCUAAUAAAACCUGAAAAAAGACAUGUAUGCAAAGUCCAAAGGGAGAAGUAUAUUCGCCCAUCUUUUAUUGAUUAAGGGAACCUAUUAUUAAUGUAUUUUUAUUAUAUGAAAUAAUUUAUUAAAAUAUUUCAUGCGUACGGCUUGACGAGUAUGUUAUGUUGUUAAGUUUAUUAACCCUCGCAGGAGACGGUAGUCUCGGCUCUAAAGUCGG